UAAGAGGCCCAGCCCUAAAGCGUAGGGAGUGAGAGAGAAAAAAACAUUUUAUGUCGGCCACGGUGCGUUUCCGAUUAUUUAUCGAGCAGAAGAAAGGGGGAGCUCUUUUUCAUUUUUUUCUUCACCAUCAUUUUUUCCCCUCGUCCUCUCCCUCUCCCACAGCCGGAGCGCCGGCCCUGCCUUUUCUCCCAGUGAUUCUGCGAACCGGCUUCCUGUGUUUGUGUGGCUCUCGCACUAAGCGGAGGGAGAGCGGAGGUCCGAAAGCAUUUGCCAGCCUGCCACCUCAACAUGGUAUAGUCGCGUUUCUUCAACACCAGUGAGAGGGAGCACAAAGAGCACUCCGCGUCGAGCCUUUAAACCGUUGAAAUAACUUCACCAAUGAAGAGACACGGCUUUGCAAAGAUACAAUCAGCGUGAAGGAAGAAGGAUAGACACUGCAGUUUUAUUUAUUAUCUAAAAGAUGGCGAACGACUCUCCAGCUAAAAGUCUGGUGGACAUAGAUCUUUCCUCUUUGCGGGAUCCUGCUGGGAUAUUUGAAUUGGUGGAAGUGGUCGGUAAUGGAACCUAUGGACAAGUAUACAAGGGGCGACAUGUCAAAACGGGACAGCUGGCGGCCAUCAAGGUCAUGGAUGUCACGGAGGAUGAAGAGGAGGAAAUUAAACUGGAGAUUAAUAUGCUGAAGAAGUACUCCCACCACAGAAACAUUGCCACCUACUACGGUGCUUUUAUAAAAAAGAGCCCCCCAGGCCAUGAUGACCAGCUGUGGCUGGUGAUGGAGUUCUGUGGCGCCGGGUCCAUCACAGACCUGGUGAAGAACACCAAGGGAAACACGCUGAAAGAGGACUGGAUCGCCUACAUCUCUAGAGAGAUCCUUCGAGGGCUGUCCCACCUGCACGCCCAUCACGUGAUCCACCGCGACAUCAAGGGCCAGAACGUCCUGCUGACGGAGAACGCCGAGGUCAAGCUGGUUGAUUUUGGUGUGAGCGCACAGCUGGACAGGACGGUCGGUCGGAGGAACACCUUCAUCGGGACACCCUACUGGAUGGCCCCGGAGGUCAUCGCGUGCGAUGAGAACCCGGACGCUACCUACGACUAUCGGAGUGACUUGUGGUCCUGUGGGAUAACCGCCAUUGAGAUGGCGGAGGGAGCACCCCCUCUCUGCGACAUGCACCCAAUGCGAGCCCUUUUCCUCAUCCCCAGGAACCCUCCGCCGAGGCUCAAGUCCAAGAAAUGGUCCAAAAAGUUCUUCAGCUUCAUCGAGGGUUGUCUGGUGAAAAACUACACUCAGCGCCCCCCAACUGAACAGCUGCUGAAGCACCCCUUCAUUCGGGACCAGCCCAAUGAAAGACAGGUCCGGAUUCAACUCAAGGACCACAUCGACCGCACCCGCAAGAAGAGAGGCGAGAAAGAUGAGACGGAGUACGAGUACAGUGGGAGUGAGGAGGAGGAGGAGGAACCGGCAGAGCAGGAGGGAGAGCCCAGCUCCAUCGUGAACGUCCCGGGAGAGUCGACCCUGCGCAGGGACUUCAUCCGCCUCCAGCAGGAGAACAAGGAGCGUUCGGAGGCGCUGCGCAGACAGCAGCUCCUGCAGGAGCAGCAGCUCCGCGAGCAGGAGGAGUACAAGCGCCAGCUGCUGGCCGAGAGGCAGAAGCGCAUCGAGCAGCAGAAGGAGCAGAGGCGGCGGCUGGAGGAGCAACAGCGGCGUGAGCGGGAGAUGAGGAGGCAGCAGGAGCGGGAGCAGCGGCGGCGGGAGCAGGAGGAGAAGCGCCGCGUGGAGGAGAUGGAGCGCAGGCGCAAGGAGGAAGAGGAGCGCAGGAGGGCCGAGGAGGAGAAGAGGAGAGCCGAGCGGGAGCAGGAGUACAUCCGUCGUCAACUGGAGGAGGAGCAGAGACACCUAGAGAUCCUGCAGCAGCAGCUGCUCCAUGAACAAGCCAUGUUGCUGGAGUACAAAUGGCGGGAGAUGGAGGAGCAGCGGCAGGCGGCUCGUCUCCAGCGGCAGCUGCAGCAGGAGCAGGCCUACCUGCUCUCGCUCCAGCAGGACCACAAGCAGCAGCAGCAGCAGCCUCAGCAGCAGCAGCAACAGGCUGCCCCGCCCCCAGAGCCCAAAGGCCCCGCCCCUCAACCCGAGCCUCAGCCAAUCGAGCGGGUCAGAGAGGCUGAUGAAAGAUUUCGAAAGAAUGUUCAGGGCUCUCCUCAAGCAGCACAGUCCAAGCAGCCCCCCGUGCCCCCCCGCGCGGAACCAUUCUCUAACGGCAACUCCUCCGAGCCAGUGCACAGGCCCACAGAACCUCAGGUCCAGUGGUCUCAUGUGGCAGCUCCCCCUGUGUCUCGCUCCCAUUCCUUCAGUGAUCCGCUUCCUAGUUUUGCACAUCUCCAUCUGCGCUCUCAGGACCCCCACCACCCAGCGCCUGCACGCGGCGAUCCGCUGCCCCCCUCAGAACCUAGGGCAGAGCCCCCUGGGGCCUGGGCUCGGGGCCACAAUGAGGAGGUCCCUCCCAGGGUCCCGGUGAGGACGACGUCCAGGUCCCCUGUGCUCCCUCGCCGGGAGUCGCCCCUCCAGGGGAACCUGCAGCAGCAGAGCAGCCAGGUGGGACAGAGGAACUCCAGUAACGCAGAGCCACGCCUCCUCUGGGACCGUGUGGAGAAGCUGGCCUCCAGGCCGGGCAGCGGCAGCUCCUCCGGCUCCAGUAACUCCAGCUCUCAGGCCGGGUCCCAGAGCAGCUCCGGGGAGAGGUUCCGAGUGCGCUCCUCUUCAAAGUCUGAGGGCUCCCCCAUGCAGCGCCCGGAACACGCCGGAAAGAAGCCCGAGGAGAAGAAGGACUUUGUCAGACCAAGCCGGCCAGCUGGUGACGUGGACCUUACUGCCCUGGCCAAGGAGCUGCGUGCCGUGGAGGACGUCCGUCCCCCCCACAAGGUGACGGAUUACUCGUCCUCCAGCGAGGAGUCGGGGACCACAGAUGAGGACGAUGAGGACGUGGACCAGGAGGGUGCGGAGGAGUCCACUUCUGGCCCUGAGGACUCGCGAGCGGUCUCUUCCAAGCUGAGCAACGGGGAGACGGAGUCGGUGAAGACCAUGAUUGUGCACGACGAGGCGGAGAGCGACCCGGCCACCACGCCCUGCAAAGACGGAACUUUGAUAGUCCGGCAGAGCGCGGGUGACAAAAAGCGCCCCGGCCCAGGCCCAGGCCCCGGCCCCGCCCACCAAGAGAGCAAUGGCUUUGCCGGCCGCAUUCACCUCUUACCAGAUCUCAUCCAGCAAAGCCAUUCCUCCUCCUCCAACUCCCCUUCAUCCACCCAGACGAGCCCCUCCAUGUCCCCCCAGACCCCCCUGGACAAGCUCACUGCUAACCAGACCCAGUCUGCCAGUAACACUUUGCAGAAGCAUAAGUCCUCCUCCUCUUUCACCCCAUUCAUUGAUCCCCGGUUGUUGCAGAUCUCCCCCUCCAGCGGGACCUCCCUCAACUCUGUGGCAGGUUUCGGUAAUGAGGCCAGACUACAGGAAGUCCUGAGACAGGACCCCUCCAGGAAGGGCUCAGUGGUGAACGUGAACCCCGUGAACACACGGCCGCAGAGUGACACCCCAGAAAUUCGCAAAUACAAGAAGCGGUUCAACUCCGAGAUCCUGUGUGCUGCACUAUGGGGUGUGAACCUGCUGGUGGGCACAGAGAGCGGUCUGAUGCUGCUGGACCGGAGCGGCCAGGGGAAGGUCUACCCCCUCAUCAGCCGCAGACGCAUCCAGCAGAUGGACGUGCUGGAGGGACUCAACGUCCUUGUGACAAUAUCAGGUAAAAAGAACAAGCUGCGAGUGUACUACCUAUCCUGGCUGAGGAACAAGAUUCUGCACAAUGAUCCUGAGGUAGAGAAGAAGCAGGGCUGGACCACGGUGGGUGACCUGGAGGGCUGUGUGCACUACAAAGUCGUAAAAUAUGAGCGAAUCAAGUUUUUAGUUCUGGCGUUGAAGAAUUCCGUGGAAGUCUAUGCAUGGGCCCCAAAGCCAUACCACAAGUUCAUGGCCUUUAAGUCGUUUGGAGAAUUGGUGCACAAGCCGCUGCUGGUUGACCUGACGGUGGAGGAAGGUCAGAGGCUGAAGGUCAUCUAUGGCUCCUGCUCUGGGUUCCACGCUGUGGACGUGGACUCGGGGGCUGUGUACGACAUCUAUCUGCCAACGCACAUCCAGACAAGCAUCCAGUCUCACGCCAUCAUCAUCCUGCCGAACACGGACGGCAUCGAGCUGCUGGUGUGCUAUGAGGAUGAGGGGGUCUACGUCAACACGUACGGGCGGAUCACCAAAGACGUGGUGCUGCAGUGGGGAGAGAUGCCCACCUCUGUGGCCUACAUCAGGUCCAACCAGAUAAUGGGUUGGGGAGAGAAGGCUAUCGAAAUCCGCUCCGUGGAGACGGGACACUUGGAUGGAGUCUUCAUGCACAAGAGAGCCCAGAGGCUCAAGUUUCUGUGUGAGAGAAAUGACAAGGUGUUCUUUGCAUCCGUGCGCUCUGGAGGCUCCAGUCAGGUGUACUUCAUGACACUGGGGAGGAGCUCCCUGCUCAGCUGGUAGGAAACACACACUGGCGUACUGGAGAAAAAGAUGAAGGAACGACCGUCUGCAAGAUUCAAGAUGACAAUGGAAAAAAAUGUUAAAAAAAGACCCUUUCACUUAAUCUACAACCGGAGUACCGAGCUACACCGAGCACUGGGGCCGUGCAACACCUUAGACUGCCGCCGCCAACGAAACGGAUCUCGAGUUUUACCGACAUGAGACAUGAGCUGGUGAAAAGGGCUUCUUGGUGCUGAUGAGAUGGAGGAUGUCAGGCGUCCGGAUUGUUACAGUGUCAACAGUGGCGCAAUACCAGGCAACAGGGUUAACCCAUCGCUGUACCAGACUCCCCUCUUGGGUCCAUGCCCUGUCCUGCUCACAGUGCAGGAGCCCUCUGCCCACUGUGGUUCACCCCAGGUUGGCAGGGGCUGCAGCUUACAGUUCAUUAGUCCAUUAUAUAUUAGACCAGCCAGGAGGGGGGUGGGGGGUGAAAGCCUGUACUAUUAAUGGUUCAGUGUAUUUUAGAUCCAGCCAGGACAGCACAGCUGAAGGCCUGCUCUGUUAAUACGCUUGUAUACGUUAAGAUGUCUCUCUUUUGAAUCCGUUGUCUUAUGGCCCCAAAGUCAGGGUACAGCCAUGACCAUUCGUUAAUGGUAGUCACCACAGUUGUCACAUUGUGUGUCAAAAGCAGUAAGGCUUGGAUCAAGUGAUGUCGGUGGGGCAGGUCUGUGGUUUGGGCCGUGUGUAGGGGGGUGGUGGUCCGCAGAUGCAGCUGUCACUGGACCUUUAGCCAAGUUAGAAAAAGGAAUUCGCAGCUUUUCCGGUUGUGAGGAAAGUUCAUUGGAAACCUUAUCAUGCGCCUACCAUUUAAAAAAAAAAAAAGGUUUUGGUUUCAGUUCAGUUAGUGAUGUCAUUUCCCUUAAAUUGUUUCUUUGUCUUUUUUUCUCCCUUUUUGGCCCUCAUAUUUACUGAAACACGGGUAAUGUGAAGGGAAGUGGUUUUUGGGUUUUCUUUGGAAGAUGAUGUCGAAAAGUUCUUUUUUUCCCUCCGAAGUUCUUACUGUAUUUGACACAGCCCUCUUCUCUUUGAUCCAGUCUUGAGCUGUUUAUUAUGACCGUACGUUUGCUGCCUGCCACUCUUAUUCGUCUUCUCCGGCCCUGGUUGGUCAGCACUGGACAUGCCUUGUCACGUUUAAGCACCCUGGGUAUUUGGUUGGUCCAAAUUGAGGGAUAUUUGAAUUAUGGGCUCAGAAAACAAGGAAGUGAACUCUGACCCCCUGACUUUUCACUCCCCUCACCCCACUGGCCUCCCCAAAACAGUGACACGUGCUUGAUCAAGUCCUGUUCAUAACUACAGUGAUAAAGGAAAAAUUGUGGGAUCCCAAAUGUAUAUGAUUUAUUUUCACUGAUGCAGAGGUUAUGAUCAAUGCAGAUAAAGUACCCUGUUUUUGUUAUGGAAGGUUUAAUUUUUACGAGAAUUUGGAAUUGUGUGGACUUUGUAAAGCAGUGGUGUUUUUUUUUUUUGGUCCUUUUUUAUAUUUCGUUUUUUUUCUUUUCUUCUUACUGAAUGCAAUGCACUAAGCCUGUGUGGAAUGAAGAGGAGUGAUUCUGCUUAACCCUGUAUUUUACAGACUCACUGUUUUAGUCAGCUUCUCAUGUUUUUUCUUGUGUGUGUUUUUUUUUUUUAAUGAAUGACACACACAAGGAGACAUGGCUGGCCUGCUCCCAGCUGAACGUUUCAUUUGAGCUCAUCAUCGAUGGAGAAACGUGUGCAGUUUGUACAGUUCGUUUGCUUGCGUACCGAUGGCUGCCGCCGUGGUCUCGGAACGUUCUCAGAGCGCCCCCCGUCUCUCACCCCCUUUGGUACCGUGCAUUACAGUUGCCUUGAAUGCCGUUCAUCAAUUUGAAUGCAUUUUCUGAAAUCUCAAUAGGGCUCAGACUUCAAUCUCCACAUCAGGUGACACGAUGGACCCUCACAGGGUUUUUUAAGCUGUGCCCCCUCCCCCCUCCCCCCUUCCCCCUCCCCCCCAAUGUUCUUCAUGAUGACUGGUUAUUGAUAGAUAAAAAUGCAACUAAAUUAAACUGCAACCCGAUUUGUUUUUCAACAAGAUAGCAGAAACAGAAGGAGAGGAAAGAUGGUCUAUUUUUUUGGUGAGAUGUGUAGGUGCAGGAGGAGGAAACAGCCUCAGCACGCUGCCCUGCUUCUCUAAAGAUUGUUAAACCUUGAGGCCACCCACAGAGGAGGACCAUGCGGACUAGCGUACCCCCAGAGCAGCCAUGCAGCCCUCUGAUAGUAAUGGGGCGAAUGGAUUUGUCAAAGACCCAAACAUAUUUUCGAACCCUGCCACAGGGCUGUCAUCGUCAGGGCUCUCAGUCUCGUCUGUCUUGUUUGGAACUGUUGACAUGUACUGCUCCUGUUCAUCACUAAAUAUUUUGUGAUCCAAUUUACUUUGUCAAAAAAGUAAAGUUUGAACAGAAGUACCCGUGGGUGCGAGUGAGCGCUUUGAGUGUGUCUGCGUGUUAGUGUCUGUGUGUUAGUGUGUGCGUGCGUGCGUGUGUGUGUGCCUGCGUGUGUGUAGUUGUGCGACUGUGCGAGAGAGGUCUUUAUGGUAAUCAGGCCCUCAAAUACUGGCCGAACCGAGUUUCUCAUUGGGCUGUGUUCUUUAUCAGUGCUGGGAUAUGUCCAGGCCUUUCAGAAGUGACUUUAUGACCAUUAACAGAAAGCUGUUGAAUUUUCAAAUGGAAAACCAUUUCUGCCGUCUGUGAAAAGCAGCCUCUGUUGCUUUUUUUUUUUUGUUUUUUCUUUUUUUACGAAGUGCCAAGAUGGCAAAAUUACAAGUGUAAACAGUAUUACAAAACCACUACAAUAAGAAAUUCAUUUUGAAGAUCUUUUAGCCUCGUAUAUUUUUCAACUUCUAGGUUUAGAUAAGAAGCUUAAUGAGUUUCUUUUGUUUCUGUAAUUUUAUGUAGCCCUAAUUACAAUUAUACGACUGGAGUGGUUUAAUAUUAUAAUGCACACCUUAUGUUAAGUAAAUGUUUACAGAAGCAAUGUUUUGUUACACUAAUGUGCAUCAUAUUUAUGGUUUAUAUUUUUGUUUUUGUUUUUCCCUUUUUAGCUUUUUGUGUUGUUAUAAUUAUUAUUAAGCUCUUCUUUUCCAAUAACUCUCAACUGUGUUGAAUUUUAAAGUUACCAGACUAAUUACAAAAUGACAGAUUGUGAACUUUGGUCAAAGCAGUGACGCUCAAUGUUCUCUUGGCGUUGCAGUGAUGUUGUAGCAAUGUUCUCUUUCUCAUCUCUGGCUGCGCGGUGUGAACUGGGUCAUGUGACAUGUUUCCUCCAAUGUUUCUGCCAUGCUAUUCUAACGUAUGUCUACUCAGUGUAUCAUGGGAAUUAUUGUAUUUUCCUGAAGGUCUUUUUUUUUUUCUUGGAAUAAAGUUAAAGUAAUAUA